AUGUCAACAACAAGAGAUGAUGUCAAGAAUAAUACAGCGGCAUUACGGUACCUGGAAACGAUAUCUCAACUGGAAAACUCAUUUACAGUUUUAACUGAAAAUGUCACAGAAACUUCAGUACAAUUAAGCUCACCGAAAGAAUUAAAAGAUGAAGUUCAUGUGAAAAAAGAAUUGUCUAACAAUGUGAAAAGUUGUUGGAGUUAUGUUUCGCAGUUGGCUCGAUUAAGUCAAGUUCAUAUUAGAAAUGCAGCCGAAUAUCAUCAAUUUCAUCAUGCAAUCAGUGAAGUAGAAGCAAGUUUGAAAGCUCGCGUCAGAAUGACAGAUCAAAGAAAUCAGAGAAUGUUACCGGCUACUCUGAAAAACUGUACAAUAUUGGCUAAUGAAUUCAGAGAACAUUUCAACCAUAUGAUUCACUUAUGGGGUCGAUCGGGGAAUUUACUCGAAGAAAGUCGACGCAUCGUCCCAGUACACCUACGAUUGGGUGGAGUUGUUGAUGGUGUCAGUACAAACACUGAGUCUGCUGGUCCAGUUAUGGCAAGAAUGUUAACUUCACUGACAGGACCAAAUUAUGAGUUGAAAGAAGGUGAAGAGGUACGGGUCAUAUCGAACAGAGAUGAUCAACACUUCUGGACAGUACAAACAAAUAAUGGUAUAGUAAAGAUCCCGUCUGUUUGUCUAUGGAUAAGUGAUCCAGACUUAGAGGCUGUAAAGCGAUCAGUUAUACUUCGAGAGAAAUGUAUCGAAUCGUGGGAUUUGUUAGUGGAGAGAUCACGUGAACGGCUCAGAUCCUACUACAGUUGUUUAUUGAAUCAAAUGGCAGGGAAUGGAGAUAUUUAUUAUAAUAAAAAACCAGCUAUGGAUAAUUUUAUGGAAGAUUUAAGGAAUUUACUUCUGCCAAAUGAUAAUCGAACAAGUGAACUAGGUCAAGCUGUGUACGCAUUUACAGACAGAUUGAAAAUGACAGAUAUUGAUCGACAACGUAGUACAUCACAGAGUGGGACAGUUUUACGUGAACAAGAUAUUGUUGGUAUGCAUAGUCCAUUGUUAAGACUUCGGGAUCAUGAACGUCAAAUGGAGCAUUUACGUGCACAAUCUGAAUUAAUUGGAACACAUAUGACAAAUUAUCUACGUGAAAUUGAUGCAGAUCAAAAACGAGUUGAUAAUGAAUUAUCUUUAAUUGAUCAAUUACAGCACGAGAGUCAAUCUCAACUAGAUCAAUUGAUAAGUCGUGUGAAAAGAUGGGUAGCCGAGUUGAACAUGAACCAAAUAUCGAUUCGAGUAUAA